AUGGAUAGAGUUGACUCAGCUGCGAUUGCUCUUGUUAUUCCUUUCCGUGGCUUACUGUCUUUCCUGAUGGAGCCGUUCUUUUCUUUGAUAGAGGAAGUGACAUCUAAGGGGUCGGCAUCGAAAAGUAGAAGGCAAAGGGACUACGAAAGAGUGUCUCGAGAAGGGGCUUUGAGGAAUGGGAGAAGCUUUGAAAUCAGCUCCUCUGUCAGACCACGACUCUAUCAUUUUCAUGAGAGCCUCUCUAUGCGGUAUACUUUUGCUUCGACUUCCACUCUUUGUCUUGUCCCAUUGACUGUGCUCGGACUGCUGGAGCCUAAACUGGGACUUGACUUCGAAACUUCCUCUAUGACUUCACCUUCGUUCGUUGGGGAGAGGGAAGGCAAUCACUCUUUCAGCAAAGGGGCGAGAUCCGAUCACUCACUUUUAAGAACGAGAGCCAUCAACAAAGCCGGAAACAACAAAGAUGCAUUGACCAAGAACAAAGUCUCUUCCGCCUCUGUCUUUGCAGCCUAUCCUACAGGAUGGGUGGAUCCCAAUAUCCGAAUGGGGAGAGUGACGAGUGGAAACGAGCAUCAGGAAGGGAAGAGUGAUGGAACUGAACGUCCGAUUCGGAUCCCUCCGUUGUUUCCUUUUCCUUCCGCACCUUUUCCUCGAAAUGAGAAAGAAGAUGCUGACCGGAGAAAGGCUAAGCUGACUUUGCCACGGCUCGAUGAGAGCCCAAGGACAUCGGGUACAGCAGCUUCCCUCCCCUUCACGAAAAGCAGACAUGAGAUAAGAAAUCCAGUCUUUCACCACGGGAAGAAGUCUGACAAGUGUCGGGAAGGAGAUGAGGGUGGUCGUAGAUCAGAAGCCACAUCGAGCGAAAAGAAGAGCUUAGAGAUUACGAGGAUCGACGAAGUUGAGGAGAGUGAGCAUUGGGCACAUAGUAGACAUCUUUCUUGCGAGAGGUUACACUUGACUUCAGUCCUGUGUCCCUUCGGGUUCUCCCUACUCUCUCUUCUGGAGUUUCCGCUUUCCUGUUUUCGUAGCUGCGAGUCAAUUUGCUGUGUUCAUACAGGUCACGCGGUGGAUCUUAGAAGGUCUACUCACGUCAAGGCAGUCUUCCACAUUUCUGAGGAACAUGAUUCUGAUGAGACUCCUGACGGGACGGAGAAGACUCAUUAUUUAGAACUCUCUGGGAGUUUUCUGUCAUUCUAUUCCGGGGUAGCUCUUCCGAAAGCCGGCCAACAAGCCCUGUUUUCGGAAGAAAAACAAGUAUCUAUUUCCCACAUGGUAAACCGAUUGACUUAUUCCACCGAAACUUCCACUGCACCAAGAGAAAGGAAAAAAAGCAGAAGUCCCAUCUGCUUCCUAGGAAAAGUCAGUAAGCCAAUCUCUUGGAAAGUGCUUCCUUCAUUCGCUUGGGCGAAGAAAGAGGAGCAGGAACAACAGGUUGUCCUCUCCCGGUCCCCGGCCCUAAGCAAGAACUUAGUGGAAAAGGCGUCUGUGAAGGUAGGUCUUGCUCAAGACAAGGCCAAAGCCGAGGGGAAAGAUUGGCCACUGGAAUGGACGAGAAAGACUAGUCGCUUUCUAACGCAGAGAGAGCUACCGCCGAGUUCGGGUCCGGGAUUCUUUCGCUUAGAUCUUCUUACCGAGGGUAUGACUACAAGAGCACAGCCAGCUGUAUUCAUGCUCCUCGAAGUACCCCUUUCUUGUCCACAGCUAGACAGCUCGUACUCAUUUGCCCAACAGUGGCUCGAUUACAUUGACCUUCUCUACCCAAUUAAGGGCAAAGCUCAGUCUCUGAUUGGUAUCGUUGAAGUCAGAGAGAACUCGUCUUUCACUGCUAGGUCAGCUAGCCUAUUUCGUAGUUGCAGGUGGGAAGGCUCGAUUACAUUGACCUUCGAUCCCGCAAGCUAUGCAAUUGAAGAAAAAAGUGGAGUUAAGAACGAGUCAAUUACAUCGAACCUGAAAUAUCAAGCGGGGGCAGACGUGGCUACACGCAAAUCCCUUGGGUUGCUCGAUGAUGGGAAUAACCUGAACGACAUCUUAUCUUUCGAUCUUUUACCAUCCGCUAUCCCAAGCUUUCUUGAUGAUCUCACAGCUUACCGCCUUUACAUCGAUUCUGAUGCGGACUGUUUGAUACUAACUGGCUUGAAGCUGGUGAUCAAAAGACUAGCUAUUUUCACAGAGUUGUCAAAGCCAAAGCUGCUCAGAGCAGAAUUAACUCGAUCGCCUCUGCUACAGGAUGGACAAGAAUUUCAUCGGCUCCUCCGACUCCCGAAUCUGACCGACCGACAUGCAGAUGUUCGUCAGCGCGCGAACAAGAGCGCCCGCAGUCAACAAAAAGUCACUUAUGAUCUGAUACCUCCCCUGAUACCAAGAUUCCGGUCCAGCCCGAGCUCCAGGAACCUCGCUAACCAACUAGGCCAGUUACUCAAAUACUGGGGCCUGGGACCUUCCAGCUUUUCCACCCCGGCCGGUUCCGCCCUAUCUCUCCUUUUCGAUCCUUUGCCAGCCCCCCUUCCCAGCUGCCCAUUGCUCCGCUUGUUUUCUGGGAAUUUCUCUUUUAUUCAAGAUCACGGCUCUUUGAAAUUCCUUUUCUUUUCUAUGGGUUUUGUAAAGCUGGCAUGGCAACUGUCUGGCAGCCCAACCGCUGAACCGCAAGGAGGCAUCCCGACCCGCGCUGCAGAGCAAUGCCUUACCUACGGUACGAAGGAGCCGAACCAUCUGAAGCCCAGACACGUUCCACCCAUCGUCCAACCCCGAUUUCGUAGCCCAAAGAAAGACCCUAUGACUGGGUCCGAGCUUCCCAACCUUCCGGCAUCAACGAAUGGAGGUACGAACACUUCGGUUCCUCGAACCAAGCUUAUCACCCCAGGUAUCCUCCACCAGCUGGAUCCGGUCCAAUGCAAUCCAUUUGUCUCUCGAGGACCAGCUCAACAUCAACUUUUGCUUGCUAUCAAGGUCCAAAAAGCCUUACUUCCUCUCCUUUUAGUCGAGCGUUAA